GGGGGCCUCGGUUAUGAGUGCCAGUGACUGAUCCCAAAGUUAAGCGCUUUGCCAGCUCAAUUUCUCACCAUGACACCAUGAUGGAUCCACGUCAAGAGGUAUCAUAACCUUGGAGCUCUGUGACUGUACUUUCGAUUAACUGAAAGAGACCAUACCACGGAGCAUCGGCAUCUUUUCCAGUACAGAAUAUCAGAUACACACCCGUGUAUAAAGAUAGUACCAGCUUUCGAUUCAAUAGCAUAAACACCAUCAGGCCUUUGGCUCUAGCCCUCUCCUGGAUUGCAACUAUGAAAUUCAUCUUGUUCACCACUAUAAUCGUGUCCGUCGCAGUGGUAGCUGGCGCAGAUGACGCUUGGAUCAUCGGCCACCCCUGCGCCCAAGCUAGUGAGCACCGAGAACUUUGCAGUCUAGCGAGUUCUGGCCAUGCGGGCCUCAGACUGUAUGCUUACGGCUGCUCACAGAUCACGUGGAAUGCGGAACGAUCGCAGGUCAUAACAAGGACAUGCCGUUCUUGUUCGUGUGUGGACCAGACCACACGAUCAUUGACUUUGAAGAUUGUGAAUGCGACAGCUGCUGCAUGGUAGAAGGUCCAUAUGGGUCAUGCUUUUGAGGGGAAAGGGUUGAUAACUUCGUGGCAAUUAUCACCAUCGCCCAGCUCCUGCACAUGUCGUGUCAUAUCAUAACAUCAAGAUUCAUCUGCCCAGAAUUUGUACCCUAUGCUUGGAUCAAAAGAACGAACGUUGCAUAACCAAAAUCAGUUAUAUCCAUGGGUAUACGAUCACGAUUGCUCUGGUACUGUAGGUUAGUCUUCCAGAAUUCCGAUGUGAUGUUGACAGACGGACCUAACCCAGUCGAUUGAGUCAGU